AACUGGGCAUGUCCAUAAGGUACUGUAGAGGAUUAGACAGGCUUGUGUUCGCACCUUCCCUGCUGCAUUGCCUAGAACUUCACAUCGCGUCUUCAGGUUCAUCUGAACGCCACAGAACUGACGGAAGACUGUAAAGUUUUAUAGAUUUCAAACAUUCUACGGCACAAUCAUGGACCCUCAAGAAGACUUGACAAACAGGGACAUCACUCUGAGGAUUGAGCUUCCAGGAGGUCAGGAGACCACAGCUACAGUACACGGCAGUAAGCCAGUGAUGGACGUUCUGGUGAUUUUGUGCGCUCAACAGCGCCUCGUUCCAUCAGAUCAUGUCAUCAAACUCAUCUCCACCAAUCAGAACCACAUCAGUUUCAAACCCAACUCUCCGAUUGGCUCUCUUGAGUUUGAGAAAGUCCUCCUGCAAGCUAGAGGAAUGGAGGAUGCUAACAGGAAAAAGCCUCAUUUGCCUGUGCCAACAGUUCGUCUUUUGAUAAACUACAAGAAGUCUCAUAAAACAGUGGUGCGGGUCAAUCCCAGAGUGCCGCUGUCUGAGUUGAUGCCCUCGCUGUGUGAGAAGUGUGACUUUAAUCCAGAUACCACCCUCUUACUGAGGACGCACCGGUCACAGGAGCUUCUGGACCUCACCAAAACACUCAAUGACUAUGGAAUCAGAGAGCUGUACGCCAAAGACACGAAAGUGGUUUCAACCGAUCACUGCGCUGAUCCUGUGUCAACAAAAGUUGUUGAAACACCAGUCAAAGAGAAGAACCAGAGAGAGAAGAGAAGCAAAGGAUUUUUUGGCUUUUUUAAGAAGAGCAAGAAAACAUCUAAGCAGGUUUUGAGUGUCAGUGCUCCAGGUUCUCCCGAGCUGAACAGCCGGCAUGCGGUCAGACAGACAUGUCUCAACGGUCACUCCACUUUACCUGCGGAUGCUGCAGACAUGCCCAAGAAGAGACCCGCUCCACAUGCUCCUCUGAUGACAUCACAGAGAGUCGGCUGUGAACUUGAUUACAAAGACUUUGCUGAACUUUCGGAGGGGGACACAUCUGGAAAACAGGGUCUACUCGGUCGAAUAUCAUCCACCGAGUCCUCUCUUAAAAGAACUAAACGGAAAGCUCCGCCCCCUCCAUCUGAUGGCCCCUCCCCGUCUGAUUCAGAUAACAAAGAAAAUGCAGAUGACGACAACAAUUCCGACAAAUAUAGAGCUCACGCAGCCGGCCGUGGCCCUGCGAUCGCUGAAGUUAUGAGUGAACUUGUGGAAUCACUGCAGGCUCGACAUCACAGAAUGUUGUCUUCUGAAAAUUCUCCAAUCGUCCAGCAUCAAGAGUUUCAGGCUCCUCCUGGCUGUCAUCUUUGGAGGAACUCCUGUGAGAGAGAAGGUUUGACCACCUUCACCGUGGUUCCUCAGAGAUGCUUUGAGGUGUCACCGACCCAGCAGAUAUCAGAAACCGAAACAGAACAGGACCUGAGCGCCAGUGCCCUGGAACACGCGGAGAUCCACACUGAAGAACCAGAAGAAGAAGAGGUCCAAAGUGAACUUUUAAAAAAUGCUUCAGAGAUGCAUUUAGAAAAAGAGAAUCAAACACGGACGGACUUCGAGAGGGAGCAAAUCAACAAUGAGCGAUCUGUUCACCUGAAAAACAUCAAAAAAGAUCUAGAGUCUUUCCGGAUAGGCUUGAAGAAUCUCAAACCAGUUGUAAAAAUGAGUAAAAUGACAAGGGAUGCUAGCGAGUCAAUUCAUUCAAAUAUAGAUGAAAGACAAGAAUGUGCUCCGGUGGAGACCUGUAAGGAGAAGAACUGGAUGGAGGAAUACAAAGAGAGGAGAAUAAAGUUUCUAGGUGGUGAUGGUAAGAUAAAUAAAGAUGCCCAGGGAAAGAUUAAAAGAGAAUUCCGAAACUCACAAAUGGAAGCUAAUGAUGAGAAUUUCCCAUCACCGCCGCCACCUGUCUGCUGGUAUGAGAUUAACGGUGGUGGAGAAAACAACAGCGAUCAAGAGAUGGAGACUGCCACAGAUGCCCGAACAGGCAACCGGUGGCCAAACCGUGAAAGUCACCUUGACCAGGAUGAAGCUCUCGAUUCAAAUACCAUUUACAAAGGUGACUCGCACCUCUCAAGUCCAAAAGCCCACGCAACCCAAACCAAUCCUGAACCGGAACCAGUCGAACACAGCUCAGUUCCUCGACCUCCUGGACAUCCGUCUAAAUCCCGCACGGAUGCUUGUUCUCUUUUUGCUUUGGCUGUAUUUCAGAAGGCCAAACAUUGCAGCCCCGGGAUGGAUCUCAAACACAACAAGAGGUGGGACGUGAACAAACACACACACACAUAGAGAGUAAAUAAAAUCCAUAAAAUGUCAACAGAAUGUUAUAUUCUGGAGAAGUGUAAUUGGCGAUUCAUUCUUUAUUUCUUUAACAGCAUACGGUUUGUAAAAUCAGGUGUUAAACUUUGAUUUCCGAAGUGGAACAUUCAGUCAGUUUCUUGACAUUCUGAACGCACAAAGUUUAUGUCUUGUAAUCCUGUUAGAUUCCUGUCGGAUGACAAGGAAAUGUGUUGGUUAGGUCAUUGGAUGCAUCUUGACUUUGUGACAGUGUUAUGAAUGAGUUGUGUAUAGUUUGUCAUGUAUGUCUAACACCCACCAGUUUUCGCUUUGUUUAUUAAAGACGUGUCUUCCUUCCUCUUGGGGUGUUUGUGUGAGUUUCCGUUCAUGUGUUUAGCAAUUUUCGACAAAAUAUUCAAAAGCAUUACAGUGUGCUUGUUUUGUUUAAACGCCUUCAUAAAUUAGAAAUAAUAACUCAACCGAUAAAAGUUUUAAUCACAGAUAACAAUAAACAUAUGCACGGGGUGUGUGUGUGUGUUAUUCUCUGACAUGAGACUUGUGCUUUUUCUCCAGGUAGAUAACGUUCAGUCUGAAUGAGGUGUUCAUCACCAGAAGAUUGAAUCACUUUCUUGGUUUUAUCAUUGUGAUUAUUUUGCUUUGAUGAUGAAUUACAUUUUGAAAGCUUUAUUUGUUUUCACCAAACUUAUGUUUCCAUGUGUAUUCUUUCUCAUUUCUGGAAUUCUGUCAAGAUGUUUGAUGUGUUCCAGGAAUGACGUCUGAUAUGAGCAUUUCCAGCAUUUCAACUGAUGGUCAUAGAAACAAUAAUAUGCCAAGUCUGAAUAUGUGAACGCUUUAUCAUGUCUUGUAAAUAUUUUGUGUAUUAAUGAAGGCUUGUAUUUCUGAGGUCUAAUUCCCCAACAUAUUUUUUCCUAAUGAUGUUUGAUGGCUUA